CCGCCCCCGGGCGCGCCCGCCUCGGCGGCGCGGGAGGAGGAGGCGGCGGCGCGGAGCAGCGGCGGCGCCCGGGCGGGGAUGGCGUCUCCGGGAGCGCUGGAACCGGCGGCCGGCAGCGUGCCGGGUACCAAGGUGGAGCUCACCGUGUCCUGCCGGAACCUGCUGGACAUGGACACCUUCUCCAAGUCUGACCCAGUGGUGGUCCUCUUCGUGCAGGGCUCAGGCAGCAGCGAGUGGAAGGAGUUUGGGCGCACUGAGGUCAUUGACAACACCCUGAACCCCGACUUCGUGCGCAAGUUUGUGCUCGACUACUACUUUGAGGAGAAGCAAAACCUCCGCUUCGAUGUCUACAACGUGGACUCCAAGAGCUGCUCCAUCUUAAAGCAGGACUUCCUGGGCCAGGCAUUUGUGGCACUGGGAGAGGUGAUCGGGUCCCAGCGGGGCCGCCUGGAGAGAGCCCUCACGGGUGUCCCAGGGAAGCGCUGUGGGACCAUCCUGCUGCUGGCUGAGGAGCUGAGCAACUGCCGGGACAUCGUCACCAUGCAGCUCUGCGCCAACAAGCUGGACAAGAAGGACUUCUUUGGGAAAUCCGACCCCUUCCUCGUCUUCUACCGCAGCAACGAGGACGGCACCUUCACCAUCUGCCAUAAGACAGAGGUGGUGAAGAACACGCUCAACCCGGUGUGGCAGCCUUUCACCAUCCCCGUGCGUGCCCUCUGCAAUGGCGACUAUGACCGGACGGUGAAGAUCGAUGUGUAUGACUGGGACCGGGACGGGAGCCAUGACUUCAUUGGGGAGUUUGCCACCAGCUACCGGGAGCUGUCCCGAGCACAGAGCCAGUUCACAGUGUACGAGGUGCUGAACCCCAGGAAGAAGUGCAAGAAGAAGAAAUACGUGAACUCGGGCACCGUGACGCUGCUCUCCUUCUCCGUCGAGUCCGAGUUCACCUUCGUUGACUACAUCCGGGGCGGGACGCAGCUGAAUUUCACCGUCGCCAUCGACUUCACGGCCUCCAACGGGAUGCCAUCACAUCCCACCUCGCUGCACUACGCGAGCCCCUACCAGCUGAGUGCCUAUGCGCUGGCACUGAAGGCGGUGGGGGAGAUCAUCCAGGACUACGACAGCGACAAGCUCUUCCCUGCCUAUGGCUUCGGUGCCAAAAUCCCACCCGACGGCAAGAUCUCCCACCAGUUCCCAUUGAACAACAACAUGGACAACCCAAGCUGUGCCGGGAUUGAGGGCGUGCUGGAGUCCUACCUGCAGAGCCUGCGCACAGUCCAGCUCUAUGGUCCCACCAACUUCGCCCCGGUCAUCAACCAGGUUGCUGGGACGGCUGCUCAAGUGACUGAUGGCUCGCAGUACCACGUCCUCCUCAUCAUCACUGAUGGUGUCAUCUCCGACAUGCUGCAGACCAAGGAAGCCAUCGUCACCGCUUCUGCAUUGCCCAUGUCCAUCAUCAUAGUGGGAGUGGGGCCGGCUGAGUUUGAGGCCAUGGAGGAGCUGGAUGGUGAUGAAGUCCGGGUGUCUUCCCGAGGACGAUACGCCGAGAGGGACAUUGUACAGUUUGUGCCAUUUCGGGAUUACGUGGAUGACUCUGGGAACCAAGUGCUGAGCAUGGCCCGUUUGGCCAAGGAUGUGCUGGCUGAGAUCCCUGAGCAGCUCCUGUCCUAUAUGAAGACCCGUGACAUCAAGCCUCGCCGGGCAGACCCCCAAUAGCUGCUUCAUGUGCCAUACAGGGACCAGGACAUGUGUCACCUCCUUCCGAUGGUGGCCAGGGCUUAGCCAUGGAGAUGUGCCCCCCACAAGGGCGAUAAUCAGCUGGUGAAUGGGGCUGAGACCCCCAUCUUCUGGCCAAUGUGGGGCUGGAUAGCCCCAGUACAAAGCGAUGCCGUGGCACAUCGGGGAUGGCUUGGACUGCACCAUCCCUUGUCAGUGCAGGCAGCACCCGUGCCAGGGCCCGGUUGGU